AUGUCUGGCGCUGAAGCAAUUUUUGGCAUUGCCGCCAGUGGAGCAGGCCUGGUCUCAUUGAGCAUUCAGCUCGUGGAGAGCGCUGCAAAGCUGAAACGCAUGUACCACGCGGCUCGUGACGCACCUCGAAUAGUUGCCAGGCUCCAGCUCGGCCUGGAGACGAUGGCUCUGGCACUACGGCAACUCGAGCAACGUCGACAGCAGGGAGGUGCCAGCGACGCUCUCCUCGCACGCUGCAUCACCGAAUGCGAGUUGCACACGGCGGAUAUACAGGAGCUUAUUGACAAGAUGGACGACCGCCUCUCAAGAGACGCCAAGAUAGGCGGCAGAAUAUAUACUGCGUUCAAACAGCGUGAUGUCAAAGAGCUGCUCGAUGGGCUGGAGAAGGCCAAAAGCUCACUCGAACUCGUAUACAUGAUGUACCUGGGCGAGGAACAGAGGCGCCGGGAUCAGGCGCACACUGACAUGUUGGCCCUUCAUGGCUGUUUGAUCGGCAAUCUGCAAGAUCAGCUUUCCGCUGGGACCAUCAGUCUCUCACAACAGUUGACAGUGCUGGCCCAAUCUUCGGUGUUGUCACCAAUUUCCAUGGCACAAAAAGAUACGGCUACAGCAAGCCGUCCUUUCACUGCCAAUGAUCGUGCCUUGGGACGCUCUCGUUGGUCCAAGCGAACAAAGAACAACAAGCAGCGCUUCCAAGUGACAUUUCGACUUCCCCCUUUACUUACAGCUCGGAUAUUCCAUUUUGCCGUCAGCCAGGCUCAAUUCGGAUGGUCCAUACACUUGCGCACUUUCAAUCAUGUUUCAUACAAUUCCCUCAUCUUCCGCUAUUGCCGACGGGGGAACCUUGAAGGGGUCAGGAGACUCAUUGAGAGAGGCGAGGCAACACCGCUGGAUGCAAUAUACGAUAAAGUGUCCACCGGUGUCAAUGGCUGGUGGACGCUCGUUGAGGCUGCUGCGGAAUUGGGACAGCUCGAAGUUUGCAAAUGGCUUCUCAGCCAGACAACAUACCCGGACCAUGGGACACGGUUGAGCAAUGCUCUCGGUUGGUAUAGCAUAGUCGGGGAUCAUGUAAACGCAGAAAUGUAUCGAUUGAUCUUGGAGGACCCGGACGUCGAUACUGAUAUGACUGCCGACGACGACACUCGAGUCGCUCGAAAUUUAUGGUUACGAUGGUGUACGCGGGUAGAACCCUUGGAAGUCAUACUGCAAACCCACUUCCCGGGAUUUGAUUCUCGCACCUUUGAGGAGAAGUUUGAGCUAGCCUCGCGGCUUACUCAUUUGGAUGCUACAGCCUUUCUGGAGUGUGUCGGAAUGCAGGCAAUGGAUCCGAGACUUGCGUCGCUCAGGAACAGCAGUGGCAAAACUGUACUCCACUGCGUUGCAUCGAGGAGCCCAGAGAGACACAAGGAUUGGCUCGAUAUUGGACUCGGCGUUUUGAACAAUGGCGCCGACCCUUCGAGUAUUGCUACUCAUCCUUUUAAUCAUGAUAGCGAAGAGUGGCAAGCGACACCACUACUUGAUUAUCUACAGGUCCGUGGCUGGGAAUCACCAACGGACUUCAUACCUAUGCUGCAUCGAGUUCAUACUUGGGCUGAGAUGAUACAGCAAGCAGGGCUGGACCUGUUUCAGUAUGGUGUACGGGAGAGUGGUAUCUGGAGAGAUCUAGGUGUCCAGGCUCCUGAAAAGAGAGAGGGAUGGAAAUCACAGGUGACAGGACUUGUCUACGGACCAGCGCCAGCAGACUGGAGUUUGACAAUCGUCCAUCAUUGGACAAUUGAUGUGUACAGACUCCAUCUGCUUCCUGGUACAUUUAGCGAAGAACCUCGCCUCCCAGAUACAAUUGCCUGGGUGCCCACAGAGGAGGAGAGAGACGAGGGCUGCUGGAUAGGGGUCGAGAGGAAAAGACGAGUCACCGAAGCUGUGGACCUCAGACAGGUGCCAUUUUACCAAAAACAACCCUUCAUUAAUAUCGUGAACGAUUCUCAGGAUGACUCGGGGCCCGUCAUGCUGAUGGAAUACAGGGCUUCGCGUGUGACUGGUUGGACUCGAACGAGGUCAUGUAGCCAGCCGCCCUGCAUAGGUCGAAGAGCACUUCUCGACUAUGAUGAUAAAGUCUGGAUCGACUACCAUUUCUGUUUGCUUAAGUCGCGCUGGAGGAUUGGUGGUACAGUCAGAAAAAUAGAAGGGCCGCCUAUCGCUGACUUUCCAGCUGCUACACGGGCCGUUGAGGUGAGGAGUUGCCUCAGAGGUGCGUGUUCCGAUACGCCAACUUCGUCUCUGCAAGGAUGGCGCUGGAAAUACGAAAGCUUCCUGGCCGAUAUCGUGGACUGUCAAGAUGAAUCACGACCACACUGGCUCGGUGAGCAGAACCGCAAAUCAGAAAGCCUGAGACACAAGUUCACUCGCGACUGUACUCAGGGGUGCGGAAAUAUUGACAUUGGUCGGUUGAAUGUACCACUAUCCUUGCGCCCCUUCCACCCACGUCGACACUACGAGGAUGAAGACGAAGACGACUAA